AUGACUGACAAAUCAAUCAUCAUUCUGAGCCUGGUGGUUCUUUAUAGCCCUUUUAUAAAUGGAAUAACAACAUGUAGACAGAAAUCGGUGGAAGAAUGGCAUCCACAGCACUUAUCAUAUGUGGUAAACUGGACACUAACAGAAAACGUCUGCAUGGACUUCUAUAAAGAUUGUUGGAUUAUGGGUAAAAACACUAAAACGGAUACUUCAGGCAAUCAAGUCAUUCCCCAGAUUUGCCCUUUGCAAAUUCAACUAGGAGACAUCCUUAUAAUUUCUUCUGAACCAUCUCUCCAGACUCCAGAAAUAAAUUUAAUGAAUGUUUCAGAAACAUCUUUCAUUGACUGUGAACAAAAUACCACAACUGAAGAUCAGUUACUUUUUGGUUGCAAACUAAAAGGAAUGCAUACUGUGAAUUCUCGGUGGCUGAGUGCUGGGACACAUUAUUUUAUCACAGUAAUGGCAAGUGGUCCAUCACUUUGUCAACUGGGACUUCGCCUAAAUGUGACAGUGAAACAGCAGUUCUGCCAAGAAUCUCUAAGUUCAGAAUUUUGCUCUGGUCAUGGUAAAUGCCUUAGUGAAGUUUGGAGCAAGACAUACAGCUGCCAUUGUCAGCCUCCGUUUUCUGGAAAAUACUGCCAGGAACUUGAUGCAUGUUCUUAUAAACCAUGUAAAAACAAUGCCAAUUGCAUUAACAAAGAAGGAAAAUGGGAUAAGCAAGAAUAUGAAUGUGUCUGUGACCCACCAUUUACAGGAAUACAUUGUUCAGAAAUAAUUGGCCAAUGUCAACCACAUGUCUGUUUCCAUAGAAACUGCAGUAAUAUGACUACAGAUCGUUUCAUUUGUGAAUGUAAUGAACGAUUUUCAGGCCCAUUUUGUGAGGAGUCAACGAAAUGCGUUUUUCAGUCUUGUUGGAAAGGAAGAAUUUGCCAAAAUAGCAGCUCUGUAUAUUCCUGUGAAUACUCAGAAGGAUUUUUCAGUCAAAAUUGUGAACCUAAUGUCAAUGAAUGUUCAUCAGGACUAUGUCCGAAUGGCACUGACUGCUUCAAAACACCAAAUGACGUUAUGUGCAUCUGUUCACUAGUAUUUGCAGACAAGCUCUGUAAGAGAAUUCAAACAUCACGUGAGACAUUUCCAUGGAAGAAGAAUACUACAUGCAUGAAAUAUGAGAAAGAUUAUCAUUACAGUUGUAUGCCAGGAUUUCCUGGAAAAAACUGUGAGAAAGUAAUUGACCACUGCAGACUGCUCAGCGUCAACUGUCUGAAUGAAGGAUGGUGUUUCAAUAUAAUUGGAAGAAUCAGAUAUGUAUGCACCCCAAGGAGCACAAAACAUCCAUGUUGGUUCGUAAGGAAUAUUUACUUAAUUCAUCAGUACUCCAGCGACUGUGGAGACACUUGCCAUGAUAUUUGCCAAGGUAAAGUUCCUUCUCAGUUUGAAUAUCUGUUGCAAUUGGGAUUUAGAG